CUUUACUGGGAGCAGGAUGCAAGGCAUCAUGACUAGGAUCCUUAAGAAUAAUGACAUCAUGAUUGAAAGAAGCAUGGAAGAAUGACUUUUGAAUAUCGAAUCAACUUCGACUAUCGAUUUCAAAUCUUGCUAUAUAAGAGCCGCCUUGUCGACUACUUUUCAGUAAUCGAUUAACUGUGCUAUGGACGACGUGUAAACGUAGGAAUUGUGAAUUCGAAUACUGUGACGGCAUGUUGAAGAACAUUCCACCUUCCGCGAAGAAACUCUGUGUCAACACUGGAAACAUUCUCAGCGUAAACGAAAUAAAGAAAAAAGCAGGACAAAAUCCAACAGAUGAGUUGAUAGAGAGCCUAAAGGUUACUUUAAAGAACUGGCAAGCCACCGACCAGACUGGAGGAGAUACAAUUCAGGUUUACCGAAAUGAAGAUGACCUGGCUGCUAAACUGGAUUCCGAAGACAGGAAAGGGCUGAAAAUUAGUGUUAAAGUUUUUGUAUCUUCUCUUAAAGAAGGUACUUUACGGGAAGCAUUGAAUGGCAUGUUUGCAGCUCUAAGAACCCCCUUUAUAGAUUCUCUAGUGCUAGCGUAUCCGAACAAAACCAACAGUAAUGAAUUACUAUCUGAUCUUCAACAGUUAUGGACAGUUCUAGAAGAAUAUGCAAAGAGUCAAAAAAUUUUGUGUAUUGGUGUUAGUGAUUUGGAAACUGAUGUAUUUGUGGCACUCCAUAGUUGGGCCAAUGUCAAGCCGAGCAUAAUCCAAAUUAAUCUGGCAAGCUGCUGUGUGGUACCCCCCGCAUUACAAGAAUUCACAAAAGAAAAUGAUGUUCAACUUCUAACGCACAGUGACCCGUUUGGGAAUUAUGGUGAAGAACGUGAAAUACUGUCUCGAGCUGCAUUGAAUGACGUAUUUGGUAUGGCAAGUACUGAACACCCAGGAGAAGUUUCGUUAGAUUGGGCACUGAGAUUUCAAGUUCAUGUGAAAUGCCGAGGAGUUCUUUCUAGCAAAGGUUAUCUUGUUAGUGUGCUUUGGGAUACGCCUGAUAAUAAUGAAUGUCCAUAAGGGGGUGGAAACAAAGUAUGUUAUAGAGCAGAUGAUGCAUUCUGACUAUUCUUGUACUGACAAUUGAAAAUAGUUUUGCAUUGAAUGCAUAUUUGUAUUUUUUAGCAUUGUUAGCACAAGGAAGGUAUUGGGCAUCAAUGCACUUUAAAUAAAAUUGUAUUUUAUGUGAGGGACCUAAAUUUUCAUAUUCCGUUCAAAUAGAAAAAUAUUAAUAAUGUUACCCCAUUUAAAGAGGAGUGAAGAAAAGCAUGACAAAAUAUUGUUUUCGUUUAUAAUUUUAUUAUUUUUUAAAAUCUAAAAAAAUGCAAUUAUUAUGUGCAACUUUACUUAUCUUGUUAUUCCAUAAACGUCUUUCCAUUGUAUUUUGAGAGAGAUGGUGUUUUAUAGUAUUAUGUGCCUUCAUGUAGUACCUUGCUCUUAUUUCAUUGCAAGAGUAAUUAUGUUAAAUGAUAGCCAAUGGGAUGGCUGAUUUUCAAAAUCUACUGUUUCUGUUGAUAGUUUGAAAGUUUAUUAAACUUAUUUUAAUGUGUAUUUUAUAUUAUACAAUUUGUAUUUACACUAUAUGAGGUCCUGUUCAUAUGAACAGGACACAAUACACAGUAUUUGAACUUAGAUAUAGAAAAUGUCAUUUUGAUAUGAUUAGCAAAAGUUGUAAUAUUUGCAGCAUAGUAGUAAGCAUAGUGUGUUUAAGUUACCAGAUAUGAACAUAAUUGAUGUAAAUGUGAAAUAUCUGAUAAUGGAUUUUAAAUUGCAUGUUUAUGCAAUGCUUAAUUCUAGGUGAUUAAAUUGAAAUAAUGCAAAGUAGUUUCAAAUGUGUACUUUUUGUGCAACACUUGAAUAAAAUUUUAUGUGAAUAAAUGUGAAUUUAAUUUUUUCAAUUUGCUAUUUAAAGAAAGGGGGCGGGGAAUAUGUAGUUGAGGGCUUGAAAUUUCUAAAUUCUUCAAAUUUGUCUAAUCAUUUAGAUUAAGGACCAGAGUUUCAUGUAAAAUCUUUGUCUUGGCUCUUUUGUGGUGAUUUCUCAUGUAUGUUAUUCACAAUUUCCAUUCGUAAUUCUAAAUGAAUGCUUAUAAAAGAUUUUGCUAAUUGCCUUUCAGAACACACUUCACAAUCAUAUUAUGGUGCUGCUUUAUGCUAGCUUGCUCUGGCAAGAAAUUGUUCAUAAUUUGCUUCUACAAGUGAAAUUGUGUAUAAAUGCCAUAGCCAGUUUCCUUGUUCUAAUAUGGCAAACAUCGGCACUUUUUUGUACUCUGCAUUCGGAAGCAGUGUGAAUACAUGAUUCCAGAAAUUCCCCAGCACUUGAUUGAGAUAGAAUUUGUGACAAGUGCGUGAAUAGUUUCUGUUGUUUUUCUGAUUUUAUUUUAAUUUUUUAUUUUAUGGAUUAAAAUAUGCACAUUCAACAAGUGUAUAGUCCAUUUAGGACACUGAAAUUUUUAAAAAUGUAGAAAGUUUACCAACCCUUUGGAACCUGUCUUUCAAUGAUUAUAGAACUUGCGUGUAACAGUCUGCAAAAAUGGCAGAAUUUUUUGGUUACUUCUGAGGGAGAGGUGGAAGAAAAUUAAAAAUACAAAUUCUCUAAACUGAGAAAGAAAACUAACAAGGUUAAUAAGGUAAUUGUUUGGAUUAAUAAGAUGGAAUUCUGCAAUAACUCUCCUGAUAUACAACAGAGAAUGAACAGGCAAACUUCAUGAAAACAAUGAAAUCAUUCACAUUUCUGAUGCCAUGUUACACUUGGGAGCAAUAAAUGCAUAAACUUGGCAAUUCACUUACAUUUUACACAAUCCAGCAGAUGUAUGUUGUUACAAGUUUCAACUUGUACAUCAGUUGACAACGGCUUUCGUGAAUAAAAUUGCCAAGUCUGUCAAUUUGAACUUGAGCAAGUGCUUAUCCAAACUUGCAAUUGUGAGAGUAAAGAGCACUGCAAGCAGUUGCUACAACCACGUCCAGUAAUCACUUCCCAGUGUAAAGUAAAAUUCAGGGUCCAUGAAAUGUUACUUUUUUUAUUUGAAACAUAUUUAUUAGCUUCAGGUUUCUCUAGUUAAUUAGAUAUUGUAUGUUGUGAAGUAGUUUAAAGGAUUGUAGAUUAGAUGAUGUAUUGUAAUCUGUGUUUCUACAAAUUACAAUGUCUGUUCACUGAAUAAAAUCACAGUGAAUUCUUCUUGUUUAUUGUACGUCUUCACAGUACAUCAUUUCACUGAUCUCAGUGAUGCGAUCAGAUUUUUUAUUUGGUGUAUUUCAUUUUCUGAUUCUUCACUCUGAACAUUACGAUGCUGAUAGAUGUGGUCAACAUUUUUUUUGUGAGGUG